AUGAUAGCCACAGUAGUUCAAGGACUAAUAAUGUUGGAGUAGUAUUUUCAACUAAAUCAUACCAAAGUGUCAAGAGAGAACUCAAACUAGAAAAUCAACAGAUCAACUAGUUAAAAGGGAAGCUUAUCUCAGAGAGGCAGUAGUUUGUCUAAAGAAAGGUCUAGAGAUAUAGGACAUAUAAAUACAAAUGGAAAACUACAGAAUGACAAAAUAUAUACUAUUUUUACUACAAAGGAAAAAUCAAAUGUAGUGAUUGCAAACGAAAAGGGUCUAGAGGGCAGAUAUAUCAAUGAAUAAAUAGUGGAUUCUCAGGACUUGAAAUAUUUAAGUUCGAAAUUUUGUGGCCAUUCACCCUACUUCACCUUUAAUUUUGAUAAUCUCAUCAAUGAAACCUAGAAAUAAGAGAAAUUUUACUCAUAGACAGUCAAGCCAAUUGUUAGAAAUUUUAUUGAAGGUGAAAAUGGUUCAGUAAUCCUAUUUGGUCCUACAGGAAGUGGAAAGACAUAUAGUUUGAAGGGCAAGGCUGGAAUUGAAAGAGGAAUUCUACCUAGAGCAGUAGAGGACAUGUUUAAUAUAAUUAGAAAUUGUACCGAUGACUAAGAUGAUUUAUACGAUUUGCAUGUAUUCAAUGGAAGAAGUCUGGGUGACUCUGACUAGGAAAAUGAUAUUAGUGCCAUUAAUACCCUUAAAUAUAACUCAGUAAAUAAUAGAUAAGGCUCAAAGAGAAACAGCGAUGAAAAAAUGUUCCUUAAGAUGACAGUAUACUAGGUAUUUAUAGAUAAGAUUCUAGACUUACUAGCCUCUAGAGCUAGUAAAAGCAACUCUAGUCGUUAAGCUUACGUUGAUCAUGUUAUAGAUCCUAAAACACAGGAAGUAGUUUCUAGACUUAAGAACAUAACAGAGAAAAUUAUACUUAAUCUAGAGGACUUCUACAGUCUAUUGCAAGAAGCAUUUAAGAACAGAAGGAUUGAGAGUGUAAGCACAUAGUAAUCUGACUUAAGAAAGAAGUCUCAUCUCGUAAUUAAUCUGACUUUAAUGAAGAGAACUUCCAUGAACAAAAUUCAAGAAAUUUCUACACUGAAUUUUGUCGAAUUAAGCGGAAGCGAGUAAGCCGUAACUCAGGAUAAAAUAAUGUCAGAUUAAUCCAUAAAGUAGUUUGUAACUAAAAGCUUCAACAGCUUGUCAUCAUAGUUACUUAGAUCAGCUUUAAGAAAAAAGACCAGCGGAUAUAAUAGUCUUAGUGAUGGUGAAGCGGUUAUAGUGGAAUGCUUAAGAAAAAGUCUUACUUCACAAUCAAAUAUCGCUUUGAUUUGUCAUGUCAAUCCUAGUCCAGCUCAUUUUGAACAUUCAUUGCCAGCUGUCAAAUUUUGUGCAAGGAUCAGAGACACCAUCUUAAAGAAGCUUUAGUAACAAGAAUAAAAUCUGUAAUCCUCUCAGUAAAAUAAGCAUAGGAAACAGAAAACUUAGGAAAGGUUUUAAAAUAGUAAUUUGAUGCAAAAACAAGUCGAUAUAAUGAGUCAAACUUAUUAGAGUAUUAAUACCUUAAAAGAAGAAAUUGCUUAAAAAUAAGUUGAAAUACAGUAAAAUUAGGGUUAUUAGCAUCUUGAAAGAAUCGAUGGAUGGGUUUUAGAAAAACUCCAAGUCAUUUAAGAAAUAAUGGAAGUUAUCAAAUAAGACUAAGGAUUGUUUGACGAGAAAUAAAAAAUAAUGUUGAUUUCAGAAUUGAAGCAGAUAUUUAAUGUUAAAGAUUCAUAUCAACUAAUGACUAAAAGUCCAGACUACGCCAAACCCCCUUUGCAAACAUUUUAAGAUCAUCAUCCUGCUCAAAUGCUGCAAAGAAACAGUUAACUUUAUUCUAGCAAUUACAACCCAUAUUAGCAAUCAACUUUUAAUUAAUAAGCACAUGAUAAGGAAUUGGGUUAUAAUCCACUAGCCUCAAUUUUAGUUGAUUCUAAUGAUAAGAAAUUCUACUCAAUAUACAAUGGUAACAAUAACUUGUAGAGCUAAAGAUAGAGCUACGAUAGAACUUCAAAUUAGAAUCAGCUAAUUUAUACAGAUAAUUAAAGUGUUAUUCAAAGGCAGCAAAAUGAACUCUAAUCACAACUACAAACUGAUCGCAAGUUUGAAACGGAAAAUGAUGUACUAAAUAGGAUUCAUCCAUUAGUUAAUAGGUCAUUAUCACCAAAGAAAAAUAGUAUUUCUGAAAAUAUCUCUCCUUCUAAGUAACCACUUAUUUUGUCUGGAGCAUAAAAUGGCAGAAGAGAUUAUGCUAGAUCUUAAAUUGGAUUCUAAAGUAUGAAUCCCAAUCUUGUAAACUAAAACUAAAAUUAUCCUUAGUUCUAGAAAGUUGAAUCAAAAGUACUAUCUCCAGUAAAGAAUCCUUUUGAAACCUUUAGUCGUACAAAAAUAUAAAAGAACCUAUAGUCACAAUAUUAAUAUCAAAUCCCCGAUUAUCAAUCAAAGCUUUUAUAAAUUAAGUAACUUUCAGUUUAUGGUAACUAGUAGGAGGCACUAUAAGAUAUUCUCAGAUUAUUUAGAUUAAAUGACAUUGAAGGCCUAAAAUUACGAAUUAUUCAAAUACUUAAGGAAAGAGAUUCUAUUGAAGAUUUAUUAAGCGAUUGCAUUGAGAACUUAAAGAGUUAAAAAGACCAGUUAGAAAUUAGAGACUAAAUCAUAUCUGAGUAGGAUCAAAUUAUAGAGUUGGGAAAAUUGGAGUUCACCCAAACUAUAUCUGAGAUGACAAAAACUCAUUAAGAGAAGGAAAAUAAUUAGCUGCUUUAAUCUACAUCAAUAAAUGAGCACUUGAGAGAGCUUUAAUAGAUGCUUUAAAAAGUAACAGAAGAUAAGGAACAGCUGAUUAAAGCUUAAAGCAUUCUUGAAAUGGAAAACAAAGAGCUUGUAAAGGUCAAGGAAGAGGCAGAAUCUAAAUAUUAAUAAGUCUAUUCUGAAAAUGAGAGAUUAAGGUCCAAUUACGAUAUUCUAAAAGAGCACGAAAUGAACAUAAUUAGGGAUACCGAAGACAAGAAGCAAAAGGAGAUUGCUUUUUAUGAAGUUAAAUAUACUGAGAUAUCCACAGAUAAUAAAUGUCUGCUCAAAGAUAAUAAAUAUCUCACUGAAUCAUUACAGAAGUACUCAUAUAGGAUAGAAUAAGAAGAGGAAACUAAGAUCUUGCUUUAAAAACAGAAUGAUUAAUUUGAAAGAGAAUAUUAAAAACUCUCACAAACUAAUGAUUAGCUUUAAAACUCCAAGGAUAAAUAAGCACAAGAGAUUCAAAGGCUGCAUUAGCUGAUAGAAAAAAUGGAAUAGAAAAUUUAGCUUGAAUAACAAAGCAAAUCAGAGGAAAUAGUAAUGAAGGAAAGUAAGGAGAGAGAAUGCUUAUAACUGAGAGAAGAGAGAAAAACUCUAGAAUAGUUUAUAAGUCUUAAAGAUUAGGAGAUCGAACAAGGAUUGAUCAGAGAAAAAGGUUUAAAAGAAUAAUUAGCAAGCUUGCAAAAAAGAAAUGAUGAAUACGAUAGAUAAAUAACAUUAAUGAAAGCAAAGGAGUAUGAUAAAGUAGAUGUGCUAAAAAAAUCGGCAGAAUUGGAAGCCAGAUUAAGAUACCUAGCUGCAGAUAAUGAGAACCUUUAGAAGGACAGAGCCAAUCUAGAAAGCAGUAAUAUGACAUUAAACAAGAGAAAUUCUGAGCUAGAGUAGUAAUUCUUAACAGUAUAAAGCGAACUAGAUUUUAUCAAGGCCGCGAAUGAAGAGCAUCUAGAUAACUUUGAUUCCAAGUUUUCUGACAUCAAUGCUGAGAUCUCUAAUCUAAGGAGUGAAAAUAUUAAUCUAAAGGAGAAAGAAAAGAACUAUAAGAGGAAGGUAAAGGAACUUGAAUAGGAGGGUGAUGAGCUAAGAGAAUAAGUUAGAAAGUCAGAGAAGUAAUGCUCUGAGAGUAGAUCUCAAGUAUUUGAAAUGGAAAAAGAGAUUAGACUUCUACUAGAAGAAAGAGAGCGAGAAAUGCGAGAUCAGGCUAAUAGAUUAUCUCUAGAUUUGCAAAGUAAAAGUGAGAAUAAAGGAGUAAUUCUAGGUGAUAUUCAUAAUAUGAUUAAGACUUACAAAGAUGAAAAGAAGUAAUGUAAAAGUGGUUAUAUUACAACAGCCCAUGCAUAUAGCACUAAUUCAAGUGGUUUAUAUUGA